AUGGAGAGUUUAGAGAAGGCACCGAUACAAAACGAACUGGCCUCAUCUCCUCUGCAGCAAAUUGAUAAUGUUCUUAUUCAGAAUUUGGAAUAUCCAUGGAAAGAUAUGGAAGAUAUGAAACCGACAGAUUUGGAGUACGAACUUUUUUGCGGUGCUUUGGAAUCAUUUUGUUCCAAACCACUGAUUGAGCUUAUUGACGACUGGACAAUUUCUAUGGAAACUAUCUUACCAACUAUUCGAAGCAGUAUACGAAUUUAUACCAAAGCUGCAUCCUGUGAAGAAAAGGUACAUGAGAUGGAUGUUGAAUUAGCAAGAUGGGUUGAAUUUGGACUUAGCUCAAGUCGUUCUACAUCGUAUGCAGGAAGCAGUCAAAUGGCUAUGAUCGGUUGUAGUCUAACCAAACAGCUAUCAGCUAUGCAUGAAAAGGAUUUGAGCGUGACAUUUUGUGCUCCCCAAUAUUUAAAUUAUAUUAUGAAUAUCAUAUCCUCCAAGCAAUACUGUUCAUCAAUCCGAUGUGAAGCUGCGCAAGCACUUCUAGACAUUCUUUUUCAUCCAUCAAUAUCCUGGAAAUUCAUGGUGACAAAAAUUGAAGGGAAUAAAUAUACACCAUACGAGCAAGUCAUACAUCUUUUCAUGAAACCAGAGGAUGUUUCGCUGGAUUUGUUAGGAGUACUUCAAAAAAUCGCAAGUUAUUUUGUAUUUAAAUACAAUAUUGAUAUUGUAAGAAACCAUGCACGAAGGUUUUUUAUGGAGGAAGAUUGUGAUGAUGUUGAUACUUCUCAGCUGUUCUCAUCCUUCAACAUUCUGAACAACUUCUUUUCGAAAAUAAGAAAUGAUUUCAGCUACAUGUCAUGCUCUGCACAUCGGACCAUUGUGAAAAAUUGUUUAAUUCCGCAUAUUUGUGUGCAUGCUAUAUCACCUAAUCAAGAUACGAGAAUAAGGUAUUUGGCAGUUCGUUGUCUCCGAUUGCUGUGCGAUUUCGAUGGUACUGAUAUUACUGGAGCGAUUUUUCUCUCAUAUAUGGGCACACAAACAGUAUCAUUAGUUGGACGAUUAUUACAUCAAAUUUCGGAAGAUAGCAAAGAAAAGUCAUUAUUACCUUACGCAUUGCGAGCAAUCGUAUUAGUUGAUCAGUUUAUUGCUGCCGAUGAGAAGUGUAUUUCAGUAAUCGAUGCACCUGAGCGUGUAACUGUUCUACAAAAUAUGUUGCAUAUGUUAUUAGUCGAAGAAGGACGUCUUGCGAUGAUUUCCGCACUAUCAUUUGGAGAUAAUCUGAAACAUUUGUUACAUAUAUGUGAUCUUCAAAAAUCAGUAUUAAUACUCGAAAGCCAUAUCGAUGAUGACAUCAAAACGAGGUUUAGGCAAACUGCUACUUACGGAUAUUUGUGUGAAAUUCUAUUUGCCUUAGCACGAAAUCAGUCUAGUGGAAUAUUUUGGAGAAGGCAUGGUCCAGAAAUUAUUAAACUAAUCGAUUGUAACCUCAUCUCAGCUGCAACAUCAUUGAAACACUGGCUGGAACCAUUUCGGGAGGAAUUAGCACUUGGCAGAAAUAUAAAUACGUUAGAUUUCCUAACGACGAGAUUAACUUAUCACAGUGAAAAAUAUGUGGAAGGUGAUCCGCCGUUAGCAUUGGUAACUCUACUACGUCUAAUAGAUGCAAUACUGAAUGAACCGGAAAAUGUAACAUUAUUUGAUGUUCCACCCGAUGAAAUUCAUUUCGAUUACUACGCAAAAUUUUAUGGGGAUGGUGGAUUAGAAAAAAUUACACACGUAUUAGAUAUAGCAAAUUGUCAACAGAGCAAACGAGUGCGUUAUCGAUGCACCGCACUUACCGAUCGACAGGGAUUGCGGAAAACUGGUCAGCAGUCAUUUCUAAAGCUUUUUUUGAAUUCCGGUUUCGAUAAACCUUCAAAUUUCUUUGCUACGUUGGAUAUUUUGUUAAAAUUAUUCCCGCUUCCGUCGGAUAUGCUGGCAAACGUUGUUGGUAUUAAUAUGCAGGAGGUAACUUCAAUGGAAAAAUUGCUGAGCGAUCGUAUUUUAGAAAACGGGAAACAGUUGCAGUUCGCGAUUAUGUUAGGUAUCUCAUCUUCGCAGCGACUGAAGCGACGUAUAUUCGACCUGUGUAAACGUUUGGCAUAUUGUUCCGAGGGUAAUGCAUUGCGUUUAAUUGAUAUUCUUAUAAAGCAGAGCUUACGAAUGUUAACGUCUUCGGCACAUACGGCUAUCGUUGAUGCUUUUGACGACGAUAUUGUUGAGGAAGAGUCAAAUGUUCGUUUUGGCAAUGCUGUUGAUCUUGUGACAGCCUCAUUUUAUGCAUUCUUGGCUAUCUGUUCCACAGAAUUUGUACUUCGAAAUUUUAUGGUUAUCAUAAUUUCCCAGCGCAAAAGUUAUAUUACUACAUUGCUGAUGUUCUUCAAACUAGCUAGCCCGAAAACUUUACCUCACGUCUCGUUCCAAACAUACGUCAUUAAAAUUUUUCGUAAUCUUUGUGUUGCUGACAAAAAUAUUGAUGGUAAAAUCGAUUGUUUGCCUAGUGAUGUCUAUAUCAAAAUAUGUGACAGUCUUGUGGAACAUUUUGGAAACGUGCAGCAUAAUAUAGAAACGAUGAUGCUGGCAUUGGAAAGUAUUUGCAGCAUAGGACGUUCUUCAGCAUUUGGUCGUGCUGUAGUUAACAAUGCUUUAAUUAGUAACGAGGGUGCUCUGCUAUAUUUUACGGAUCGUUUUUUGAUGGGAGAACCAAUCGACGAAUUACUUCUUGAGGUCGCAGCUCAGCUCGUCGAUCUUUUUGAAAAUAUUUUAAAAAAAGAUUCAGUUAAAUUUGUUGCAAUGAAGUGGCAUUCUUCCAUCAAUUCCGAGCAGCAUCCUUUAGUGCGACUGAAAAAUAAAUUAACAAAAUCAAAUUGUUCAAAAGAUUUCUUGUUGAGUCUGCAAAAAGCGUUAGAUUCUUCGAUUGAAGGAGAAUCUGUUGAGGCAAUACCAGAAGACUUGGAAACUUACGAAUGGCCUGAAAAUGUGACUGCUGUUCAGCAAGUUGAUAGCCGACAAAUAACAAAUUAUCAUAUAAAAAAUUUAUUAGACUUCGAUAGUAAAGAUUUUCAUAAUAGUGCUACGCUUUCCACCAUUGAUUUGAAUAUGCUCAAUGAAGAGUUUUUCCCAGAUAGUGUAUUACUUUCUGCAAAAAAAUCAACAUCUCCAGUUCAACUACAAAGUAUAAAUCCGAUACAAAAAUGGAAGACGUUUAAUUUUGAAGGUCCGAAAAGGAAACGUCCUUAUGCGAUCAAAAAAAUUUUGAUGAGACCAAAAAUACGUCAUCAUUAG